CUAUUUGACAACUUCUUCACAUCUCUCAGCUUGCUAACCUAUUUGAAGGAUUCUAUGGGCCUCAGAAGUUUGGGAACCAUUAGAAAAUCACUUGAUGGGCUGAAAACUGAAGAUGAUCAAGAACUACUGAAAAGAGGAAGAGGUAGUUUUGACUACCGAGUUGACAACGAUGCACAGCUUGCAAUAGUCAAAUGGGCUGACAGCAAAACAGUCACCUUGGUGAGCACAUGUGCUUCUGUGAUGCCUGUAGGUUAAAUGAAGCGCUUCUCAAAGAAGGGAAGACAGAUAUCUGUCCCAUGUCCACAGAUCGUGGCAGAAUACAACCAUCACAUGGGAGGUGUGGACUUGACUGACAUGAUGAUUGCAUUAUAUCGCACUCCAGCCAAGUCCCAUCGGUGGUACCUUUGCAUAUUCUGGCAACUGAUAGGCAUUGCUGUCGGUAAUGCAUGGUUGCUUUAUCAGCAUGACGCAACAGCAAUUGGUCCAGUAAAGCUGAAGAAACUGAAGGCCUUCAGGCUAGAUGUUGCCAAAGGUCUCAUCUAUCCAGAAAAACAAAAAAGAGCCCGGCUUUCCCUAGGAAAUGAGAAUGAUGCAGCCGUGAGGGUUGUCAAGCAGCCAAAGGUCCCACAGCCUAUAGAUGAAAUGCGCUAUGAUGGAAACAGCCACUACCCAAUUCUGUCUGUGAAAGGGAGAUGCAGGAUGUGCCCUAAUGGACCAUCAUGUGUGAGAAGUGUAAUGUGAGGCUUUGCAUUGUCACUGGACAAAAUGCAUGCAACUGCUUUCAUCUUCGAUGAAAUUGAUGAAAUACUUUUGAACAUAAGGACAGGUUCAUAGUACCAGUAAAACAAUGAACUGUUGCAAUUUUGGGCCCAAAUGAAUUGGGGUUUUUGUAAGACUUUACUUUUUUAACAUUAGAGUAACUUGUAAGUUUUACGUUUUAACACCAGUUGUAAUUUUUUAAACACCAAAGCAAGUAGGGAUAAGGGUGUAUUGUAUGUUUGGCAUUCCUUUUUUAAUGAAACAUAAAAAUUAGUGAGUUUUAAUGGUUUUAUGGUUCUUUUGACUAUGGGAGCAGUUGCCAAAAACAGUUCAGAUGUAUACCCCAAAUGGGCACUGUAUCCUGUGGGAUACAGUUUGUAAAAUGGAAAAUAAACACACAGUUUUGAAAAAAAAAACUUAUGAAAUUGUGUUAUUUGAGACAAAAUCCACUAGAAAAGAACAAGUAAAACAUUUUCAGUUAAGUUUUUUGGUACUUGCCAAUUAAAGGGUUAACUCUGGUAGCUUUAGCUCCUAUUAAUGUUAUGCUUAGAUGGUAAUUAAGACUACAAUGAUAGCAGGGUCAAAAUUCCUGCCUAAGCCAGAGAUGAAGAAGCCAUCAGUUGCUACUAUAAAAAACCAAAUCAGCCCUGUUGGUGUGGUUAGAGAUACCACAUGGCGUUGUACUCUCACACAAACCAUCAGCUUUUGUACCGAUAACGCUUCUCGAAGUCUCACAGACCCCGAGAGGACCACACCUUUCUGGCAACCCUCUGCCGCCAGUCCCUUCUCGCUGCCGACACCGCUCUGCCUGGAGAGGGGGCAAGUGAGCAACGCUUCGACUGGACCGAGAAAUGCACAAAUGAAAAAUGCCUUUAGUUAAUCACACACAGCCCCAAGUUUACAGAAGCCACCGCAACGUCUGUACGAGUCUGGGUAGCCCAUACUCUCAAGCACCUUGAAAUUUCAUUCUUUCUCAGAGUUGCUCCCAGACUGAUAUUCACCAAACUUAAGUUUUGUUAAUUGCCUUGAAGCACGUCGGCUAAGCUAUCUAUAAGCAUCACUAUCAUUUUUCCCAGACGUUUUUAGAGUUUCAGCAGUCAUUGUAUGUUAUACAUAUCUUUCAGUGGAUACCUACCAUGACCAGUAGUUCAGAUCUGCCACUGAUCAGACCGAGAACCACCUGUUCCCAGUCAGUACUGGAUCAGGAGGUUCCGUGGCAAUCGGAUCUAUACAUCGAUACUCAUCAAAUACAUUGCCACUUUUAAAGAAAACAAUGCAAGAUUCCAAAAGUAAACUUAAUAAAGGUGUUGUAUCCCAAUGACCUAUAAAUGUCAACAGACAUUUAUUAUUCUGCUUACUCCUUGGUUUAAGUCAAACCU